AUGGACUCCAAGUCUGAUCUCGAGCUCCAACACGAGCUCGACCGCGACCUUCAAGACGAGCUCGAGGAGCUCAAAGGGUGUCACUCUUCGCCCCUUCCUGCUUGUUCUUAUUAUCCUUCUACGAUUGCUCUCCUCCAUACAGAUGAGCCUGGGUCUGCUUUGGAGCAUCUUGCUCCCGAUGAACCCUUCGAACUGUCUGAGAAAGAGAGGCCAAUAACACCCGUACGAUCCAAUGUUGCCCCGUCUCAAGAUGAAAACUCUACCGUCAACGCCCCGUCGCCAGAGGAUAUCCGAAAUGCAAGCUAUCGAGCUCGAGCGGGUCCAUAUUGCCUUCACGAAACGGUUCAGCGCUACUGGAGCAUCGAUCCAUUUACGCCUCUGUGGUGCGAGAACAAGGACUGCGGUCGACCUGCGCGGUUUCUCUAUGAAUGCACGGCGGACACAGCAGAAUUCUCGCCGUUUGUACCGUCACUCCCCGAGCGAAGCAUCGAGAUCUUGCCCACGUGGGUCCAAAAGGCCAUCGGCGAGGGCCGUUAUCUUCCGGCCCAAGUGGAAAAGCUCAUGGACCAGAAAAUGAAAGUGCUCGAGACUGCAGCCAAUCUGCGAGAGCAGGUCCCACCCACACACAGGGCUCUGCCUGGAGGGCGAGGCUUGGCUAAUGAUCAAGAGGCAAUUGACCAGCGGGAUUAUCGAGAAUUAAUGCAACUUUUGUCGGCCCGGACUCUGAGUUUCUCAAAUCUGGAGCCCUGUCGAGCAAUGUUUUGCACAAUGUGUCGUUCUCAUACGUCUGAUAAUUCCUGGGGUAGUAUUGCCAAAGUCGUCAACGAGCCCUACGAAGAGCCUCUUCGCACCCCGGCAAACAUAUGCCGCCCAGUCAUCGAUGUUUGGAAGCUGCGUGGUCUGCCUGAAGAUCCUACUCACUGGCAACAUACUAGAUGGUUUCGAGAAUGGUGGGGAAAGUACCAAUAUCCAGCCAACAAUGAUGUUACGCUGGUCCUGAAUCUCGUCGUGGCGCUGAAACUUCCAUUCCUCGUUCUCCAGAGCAUCCAGGGCUGGGUUUGUUGGCAACAGAUGCCUCCGCUCGAGUUCCAAGACUAUCUCACAUGGUUAGAGACUUUAACGCCAGAAAGGCUUCGAGAACAUGCAGACCGAAUCGGGGACCCCUGGGAGCUACAGUUCCAGGCAGAAGCUAUCGCAUAUUCUUACCUUUCGCCCGGUACUCCGUCAACCCCACUCAGUAUUCACCCGAUCUGGGAAGAAGUCGAGGAUCCAGAGGAGACAUCGAAUGAGAAAUCCGUAAAGGCUGUUCCUCACUACGAGUAUGGGCCAUGCGAUCGUUUCGUUGGCAGAUCUUCGUAUAAUCUACGAGACGCUAUGUGGAACUACAACCACACUCGAUCCCAAUUUCUCGGACUGGAGCAGAAUGAAGAUAACCUCCCAAGCGCCGCAGCCGAUGACAACGACUUGGUCCCCGAGGCAGAACCCGAUCCUGAUAUCUCUGGUGUUGAAACAACGGCGAUCGAUGACUGGUAG